GUCGGACGGCUGGUGGAAAGCGGAGGUCUCCGAGGUCACGCCUGAGAAGGUGAAGGUGACCUUCGACACCUGGGGCCGCGAGCAUGAUGAGUGGAUUGCACGGGACAGCCAGCGCCUCCGCUGGGCCUUGCCGACCGACCAGCGAGCCGCGGCGGAGGACGGCAUCGCUGCACCGGCUAGCACUCGAGAUCGGGCAUACGUGCCAAAGCCUUUCAACCCUGAGAAGGAGUUCCAAAAAAGACAGCUGCGGGUCCGCGAAAAGAUUGCGGCCAUGCAGAAGACGAAGUUGGGCUUCGUGGACGCACCUCUGGCUGCCAAGAUGGACUUGAAGGGAGAGGCCAUGCCACCCACCGGAAACGCCCAACUCCAGCGCUCGGAGCUCAGGUGA